CUUGCGCCCCACAGCACAGCAGAUGCUGUGACGGUCGCCAUGAUGAGCUGGGAUUUUGCCUGCAGCAGCAAGCAGUAGUUGGAGACGGCAAGCCACCAGGGAGGAAGGCAGUGUCCUGGACUGGUAUAAGCAAGAAUAUCGCUUCUUUUAUUGACAGGAAAGCGUUCAACCCCUUCGGAGAAACCGCCUUUUCGACGGAUACGGCAAUGGACAUAUACUCGAACCAUGGUUUUUAAACCGCGAAGAGGGCCAGGCAGAUGAUUUUUUUUUAAAGAAGAUUUAGAUUUAAAAGAAAAAACGAGCUAGCUUAAGCCUUUCGCCCUUCCAUUCUCAGACUCAACAGAGGAGGGGCAUUGGGGCUUUGUAGCAUUGCAGAUCUAGUGUUGAUGCAUUUUUUUUUGUCGCUGCAGAAUUGACAACCACAGAUAAUAACUCAGGGGAUUGCUAUAACUGCAUUGUCACGGGUAAUAUUUUCAUUGCUUGGAUUUUUGCCAGGAAGAAGACUAGAAAAAUACGAAAGGAAAUUAAUACCAGCGGCGUUCAUAAGGCUAACAAUACGUCAAAAUCUGCCGGCCAGGGCAGGGUCUGGUAAUUGUGAAUUCUUUAUGUGUCUUGGGGGAAUAGGUUAGCUAACUAAAUAAAAUGAGGAAAAUGUACAUGUCUCGCACAACUCCGAGAUACUCUAUCGAUACCUUUUGUGAGAGGUGGCUCAUGAUAGAUCUAUUUUAGCUCGCUAGUAACUUGCUUGGAUCAAAACUUCAAAGUUUUUUUUUUUCUUCUCAUUUUGCUACAAGGUGAGACGAGCUAGACUAACUUCUGUUCGUCACCGGUAAGCCUGAAUAUAAGGCUUAACAGUUUUAAGUGAGUUUCUAUCAUUUUCACGACUGCCAUCAUCACCAGACUACAGUUCGAAUCAUGUCGGGAGAGGUCCGUUUGAAGAAACUGGAAAAGCUGAUCCUGGACGGCCCAGCUCAGUCAAAUGGCCAAUGCCUUAGUGUGGAAACGCUAUUGGAUAUCCUUAUCUGCCUUUAUGAUGAGUGCAACAACUCACCCCUCAGAAGAGAGAAAAACAUAUUGGAGUUUUUAGAUUGGGCCAAACCCUUCACUUCCCAGGUGAAACAGAUGCGCCUGCACAAAGAGGACUUUGAGAUCCUCAAGGUGAUUGGACGAGGAGCCUUUGGAGAGGUUGCUGUGGUCAAAGUGAAGAAUGCAGACAAGGUGUUUGCCAUGAAGAUCCUCAACAAGUGGGAGAUGCUGAAGAGAGCAGAGACGGCGUGUUUCCGGGAGGAGCGGGACGUGCUGGUGAACGGGGACAGCCAGUGGAUCACCACCCUGCACUACGCCUUCCAGGAUGACAACAACCUGUAUCUGGUGAUGGAUUAUUAUGUGGGCGGGGACCUGCUCACCCUGCUUAGUAAGUUUGAAGACCGGUUGCCGGAGGACAUGGCUAGAUUUUACCUAGCUGAGAUGGUGCUGGCUAUUGACUCAGUGCACCAACUGCAUUAUGUCCACAGGGACAUCAAGCCAGACAAUAUCCUGAUGGACAUGAACGGCCACAUCCGCUUGGCGGACUUCGGCUCCUGCCUGAAACUCAUGGAGGACGGCACGGUCCAGUCGUCGGUUGCCGUGGGGACCCCGGACUACAUCUCUCCGGAGAUCCUGCAGGCGAUGGAGGAUGGGAAGGGGAAGUAUGGUCCUGAGUGUGACUGGUGGUCCCUGGGCGUGUGCAUGUACGAGAUGCUGUAUGGGGAGACCCCCUUCUACGCAGAGUCAUUGGUGGAGACCUACGGCAAGAUCAUGAACCACAAGGAGGAGUUAGGUGCUGCUGAGCGUUUCCAGUUCCCCCUGCAGAUGACGGACGUGUCUGAAGAGGCCAAGGACCUUAUCCGGCGCCUCAUCUGCAGCCGUGAGCACCGCCUGGGCCAGAACGGCAUUGAGGACUUCAAAUCUCACCCCUUCUUCUCUGGCAUCGACUGGGACAACAUCCGUACGUGCGAGGCCCCUUACAUACCAGAAGUCAGCAGCCCCACAGACACGUCCAACUUUGACGUGGACGAUGACUGUCUCAAGAACUCGGAGACGAUGCCCCCUCCCUCUCACACGGCCUUCUCUGGACACCACCUGCCCUUCGUAGGCUUCACCUACACCAGUAAAUGUACCCUAUCUGACCGGGGCUGUUUGAGGGAGUCGGGUGGUUCGGGUCCGGCACAGAUGGAUGUGUGUGUCCAGCGCAGUCUGGAGGAGAGUCUAGCUACCGAGGCCUAUGAGAGGAGGAUACGACGCCUGGAGCAGGAGAAGACUGAGCUCAGCCGCAAGCUGCUAGAGUCGACCCAGACAGUCCAGGCCCUGCAGCACGCGCCAGGAGAAGGACCAGCAUCCGUCCCCUCUAACAAGGAGGUGGAGAUCAGGAGUCUGAAGACUGAGAUUGACAUCCUCAAGAAACAGAUCGCAGACUCGGGUCAACUGGAGCAGAAGUUGGAGGAAGCUACAUCAGCCCGUCGAGAAAUGGAGGGCUCAUCCAAACACAUCAGGAGCCUGGAGAAACAGAUGAAGAGCCUCAACCUGGAGAGGGACGACCUGCACAAGGACUUAAUGGAGGCCAGUGAGAAGAUGAAGAGUCAGUCUAAGGAGUUGAAAGAAGCCCACAGCCAGAGGAAGCUGGCCAUGCAGGAGUUCUCCGAGCUCAACGAGCGUUUGACUGACCUCCGUUCAGCCAAGCAGCGCCUGGGCCGUCAGCUCCGGGACAAGGAGGAGGAGAUGGAGGGUUUGUCCCAGAAGGUGGAGGCUCUACGGCUGGAGGUGCGCAAGGCCGAGAGGUCCAAGAAGGAGAUGGAGGCCCAGUCUGAGGAGCAGACAGCAGAUGCUCAGAAGGAGAGGAAGCUGAGAGAACGAUCAGAGCAGCACUGCAGACAGCUAGAGGAGGAGCUGGACGGACUCAAGAAGCAGGUGGGGCCGUCCGCUUCCGUGGUGGGCUCGGACCAGAGCCAGGAAGUGGGGAAGCUGCGUGCCGACCUGGAGAAGAAGACCUUGUUCUACGAGGAGGAGCUGAGCAGGAGGGAAGCGCAGCACGCCAACGAGCUCAAGGGCCUCCGCAAGGAGCUCCGCGACGCUGAGGGACAGCAGCUCACCCUGCAGAAGGAGAUCCUGGUGCUCAAGGACAAACUGGAGAAGACGCGCAGGGAGAGCCAAAGCGAGCGUGAGGAGUUUGAGACGGAGUACAAGCAGAAGUACGAGAGGGAGAGGGUCAUUUUGACCGAGGAGAACAAGAAGCUCUCCAGUGAACUGGACAAGCUGACAUCCAUGUUUGAGAAGCUGAGCAGCAGCAACAGACAGCUGGAGGAGGAGAUGAGGGAGCUGGCUGACAAGAAGGAGAGCGUUGCUCACUGGGAGGCCCAGAUCACUGAGAUCAUACAGUGGGUGAGCGAUGAGAAGGAUGCGCGAGGUUACCUCCAGGCUCUGGCCACUAAGAUGACUGAGGAGCUGGAGGGACUGAGAAACACCAGCCUAGGUGCCAGGGCCACGCAGGACAUGCCGUGGAAGGUGCGGAGGUUCGCUAAGCUGGACAUGUCAGCCCGUCUGGAGCUGCAGUCUGCACUGGACGCUGAGAUCAGAGCCAAGCAGACCAUCCAGGACGAACUGAACAAAGUCAAGGCAUCGAACAUCUCCACUGAGUGUAAGCUGCAGGAGUCGGACACUAAGAACCAGGACCUGCUAGCUGAGAUUGAGAGGCUGAAGAAGGAGACGGAGGAGCUCCGCCUGCGCAGGGGUGUGAAGCACCAGGACUCCCAGAACUCUUUUCUGGCCUUCCUCAACGCUCCCACCACAGCCUUGGACCAGUUCGAUCGCUCUCCAUCCGUUGGGCCAACUAGCAAAGGCAGACGUGUGGACUCGGUGGACAACUUCACUCCCUCCAACACUCCAUCCAGAGGCGAGGACUCCAAGUCCCAGCUCAAGUCACGCUCACGGUCGCCCUCUAUGGCCAGCGACGUGGAGCCUAUAGAGUUGAUAGACCACCCCCCACGGCCAGUCCAGACCGCCACCAUGCGGUCAGGAGGGUACGGUAGUAUUGGCCGCUCAUCACCCAAGCCCAAAGCCCACCAGUUUGUGGUGAAGUCCUUCAGUGCUCCAACCAAGUGUAACCAGUGCACCUCUCUCAUGGUGGGACUCAUCCGCCAGGGCUGCACCUGCGAAGUUUGUAACUUCUCAUGCCACGUGACAUGUGCUGACAAGGCUCCAGCAGUGUGCCCCGUGCCACACGACCAGACCAAGGGGCCAUUGGGCAUUGACCCUCAGAGGGGCAUCGGCACUGCCUACGAGGGACAUGUCAGAGUGCCCAAGCCAACGGGGGUGAAGAAGGGUUGGCAGCGGGCGGUUGCCGUAGUGUGUGACUUCAAGCUCUUCCUGUAUGAGCUUGGAGAGGGCAAGGCCACGACACCCAGUGUGGUGGUCAGUCAGGUCAUAGACAUGAGGGAUGAGGAGUUUUCAGUCAGCUCUGUUCUGGCGUCUGACGUCAUUCACGCCAGCCGCAAGGACAUCCCAUGUAUAUUCAGGGUGACUGCUGCCCAGCUGUCCGCCUCCUCCAGUCACAAGCCUUCCAUCCUGAUCCUGGCCGACACCGACCACGAGAGGAACAAGUGGGUGGGGCUUCUCAACGAGCUACAGCGCAUCCUCAAGAAGAACAAGCUGAAGGAACGCUUCGUCUACGUGCCCAAAGAGGCCUACGACAGCACGCUGCCGCUCAUCAAGACCACGCAGUCCGCCGCUAUUAUAGACCACGAGCGUGUUGCCCUGGGCAACGAGGAAGGCCUUUAUGUUAUCCAUGUCACCAAAGAUGAGAUCACCCGCGUGGGAGACAAUAAGAAGGUCUACCACAUCGAUCUGGUCCCCCAGGAGCAGCUCCUAGCAGUCAUCUCCGGUCGUAACCGCCACGUCCGCCUCUUCCCCAUGGCCGCGCUGGACGGACGGGAGAUGGACUCCUACAAGCUGGCCGAGACCAAGGGCUGCACAGCGCUGGUGUCCGGGCCCGUCCGAAACAACUCCCUCAUCUGUCUGUGUGUGGCCAUGAAGAGACAGGUCAUCUGUUACGAGGUGAACAAGAGCAAGGCGCGCCACCGCCGGCUGCGGGAGCUCCAAACCCCAGGUCCUGUCCAGUGGAUGGGUCUCCUGAGCGAGCGGCUGUGUGUGGGCUACCAGGCUGGCUUCACGCGCUACAGCGUGCACGGGGACUGUGCCCCGGUCAGCCUACUGCACCCUGAGGACCACACCCUGGCCUUCAUAUCCCAGCAGGGCCUGGAUGCGUUGUGUGCCGUGGAGAUCUCCUCCAAGGAGCUGCUGCUAUGCUUCUCAGCCAUAGGGGUCUAUGUGGACUCGCAGGGCCGCCGCUCGCGCCAGCAGGAGCUGAUGUGGCCGGCCGUGCCCAACUCCGCCUGUUAUAACGCCCCCUACCUGUCAGUGUACAGUGAGAAUGCUGUGGAUGUGUUUGAUGUCAACACAAUGGAGUGGAUUCAAACCGUCCCACUAAAGAAGGUGCGACCUCUGAACCCUGACGGAUCCCUGAACCUCCUGGGUCUGGAGACCGUGAGGCUCAUAUACUUCCGAAACAAGACGGCAGAGGGUGAUGAGCUGGUGGUCCCCGAGACUUCUGACAACAGCAGGAAGCAGAUGGUUCGCAGCUUGAACAACAAGAGACGCUUCUAUUUCAGAGUCCCCGAAGAGGAGAGGCUACAGCAGAGGAGAGAGAUGCUGAGAGACCCAGAGAUGAGGAACAAGCUGAUCUCCAACCCCACCAACUUCAACCACGUGGCCCACAUGGGACCUGGGGACGGCAUCCAGAUCCUCAAAGACCUGCCCAUGAACGUGCGUGUUCAGGAGAGUCGUGCUGCAGGCUUCAGUGGCUCCGUGUCCAUCCCCUCCAUCACCAAGAACAGAGCCGAGCCGGGACGGUCCAUGAGCGCUAGCAGUGGACUGGGCAUCCGUUCGUCAUCUCAGAACGGCAAUGCGUUGAGGAGAGAGCUGUCCGGGGGUAGCUACAGCUCUAAGCGCCAGACCAUGACCUCUCCCUCCGAGAGCUCCUUAUCCUCCGGAGGGGGUAUGGACGGCUGCAGCGACGCACCCCUCUCCCAGUUCGACAGAGAGGACUCUGACUCACCCCGUCACUCGACGGCUUCAAACAGUUCUACGUUCAGCAGUCCCCCCAGCCCGGCCUCACCCCACAAGACCAAGUCCCUCUCACUGGAGAGCACAGACCGCAUGAGUGGCUGGGACACAUGAGUGACAGACACCACACAGCUCCAUUCCUUGACCCUCACCAAGCUCCCGGGCCCGCCCCCCUUCCCGGGCCCUGCCCACGGAACUGCACCCGCUGCCACAGGGAAAGGAAGUGUUUGACCAAGAGGGAAAUACUGGGAAAGGGUGUGUGUGUGUGUGUGUGUGUGCUCAUGUUUGUUUGUGUGUGUGUUUUUGAGGGAGGGCAUACAAUAUAGGAAUUAAAAUGUACACCCCCUUUCAUCUGCUUUGUAGCUGAUAACCAGAAUAAGUGAAGCGCUGAGUUUUAUUGAGAGUACUUUUGAUUGCAGCACUACUAGCCCCGUAUAGAUUAUUAUGUCAUUGGCAACUCCUGUAAAGAGACACACAAACCUCAAGACGCGACAAAGAGAAGAGGAUCAAUAUGAAACAACAGAUCAUUUGAUACGUGUACAUAGCACCCUUUGGGCUUGGGGGGUGGCCACCUUUUAUUUAUUCAUCUAUCUAUCGAAGACAUGGAGAACAAGGCGCUUUGCAGCUAGAGGAGAAAGAGAGGAUGUUUUCACUCUCUUUUUCCUUCUGUUGCUUUCUUCCAACGGUAGUUGGCAGCAGAAGAAGAGGGGGAAUUCCAUUUACAAUACAAGGCUCACAAAAUAACAUUUUUUUAAAAAUUAAGAAAAAAAGAAAGCAAUGAUGUAUUUUUUUAAUUUUUUUUUGCUCAUGAAGUGAAAUAUGUGCCGUGACUUAAUUUCUUCGUACUAUCAGCGAAAAGCUACAGCACAGCAGUACAAAAAUACAAGUAUGGUUAGGGGUAUUUUAACUCUAGGUGACACCUCGCUGGCUUCAUGUUCUCGAAUUCUUAGGGACAGGGUGUUUUAGAAGCAGACUGAACAUUCUAUAAUGACAUCACAGCUCCUUAUGCGACUUCCUCAUGACAUGGGCCAGUGACCUGGGACCAUUUUCCAUGUAGUGUCGACCUAGUACCGUAUAAGUGCAGUAAUAGACCAACCACCGAUCAAUUCCAAAAAGCCGAUGCCCAUCACAACCAUGUACAUAGGUUAAAAUCAGAGAAUAAUAUAUGAUAAGGGAAAUACUAUAAAGAAAUAGAUGAUGGGGAGAAGAUCCUCGAUUCCUGUUUAUCUUUUGAGUAUGAUUUGGGGUGAUAUCCGCACGAAAGCCAUUUUAAACCACUUCAAGUUCCUCUGAUUGCUUUUAGAUUUGUUUUCGUUUUUUUCUUUCUAUUUCAUAUAUGAGACACAAACUGUCAAGUGUCAUUUUGAUUUGCGUUUGAGGAAACUAAUAUUAUGGGUCGCAUGGACCCCGUGCUGUGUAGUGAAUGUGCAUUUAUUUGAAGCGAUCGUCUUGUCACAGAUGCAUGCGUUCACACUCACAUGCACGCGCGAACACACACACACACACACACACACACACACACACACACACACACACACACACACACACACACACACACACACACGGCCGUUUCCACCGCCACUCUUUCCACUAUGGUCCACAGUUGGAUCAGUUUGAGGUGGGAUUGCAUCUUUCCUAACUGACAGUGAUUCUGAAACACUAAGUGUGUAUUUCCAUACUUUUCUCUGUGGUACCAACGUGUGAACCUCAAAUAUGUUGUAUCCUUUGACUUCCGAGAGAGAUUUUGGAAAGCUUGUUAUAACCAAAAAUAGAAUGACUUGGAAUCUUGAGUCUUCGUUAUUUUUCAGACAGCCUUGCUUAUUUUGAAGAAUGUUUUGAUAGGUUAUGGGGGGGAGGACAAUUGUAGAUGUCGAUUUGACUAGACAGACAGCGCUAGGCUGAAAUGGGGGGUCAAAAAAGAGUGAAAUAAUGGAAAAGAAAUACUAAGAUGACUAGUUCAAUGUUUAAUUUCUGUUCCAAUCCUCCCUGCUGUCAUUGAUAUGUUCUUACUAUUAACUGGUAAGCUGUAUAUUACUGUCUGGUAAUGCAAUAACCUUGAUACAAGCCACAAAUUGGGGUCAAUUCCAUUUUUUUUCAGUCAAUUCAAGUUCCAUUCCAAUUUUCCUCAAUGCUUCGUUGUGACAAAUUUGGAAUUAGAAUUUCUGUUUACUUUCUGAAUUGCCUACAUUGAAAUGGACCCCAACUCUAAUGCAAAUCACAGCAUGGUGUUGUUGAUGUGUAUUUAUAUGUGGAGUGCCUAGAUCAGCUGACUCUUCUCUCUCAAGCGGAAGGGAGGGGACUCUUAUUCUGGAAAGGGGACUUUUUUCAUUUCUAAUGAGGAAUUAUUUUUAUGUUACAGACCGUUUAAUGAAUGACCGUUGUUACUUACUGUUCAAAGGGACCUUCUGUCUUAAGGUUUAGGAGUGGUGAAGUGUACCAAGUAGUCAAACAUGGCAGUUUAUCUAUCCUAGUCAGAAGUGAAUAGAAAUAUAAGGAUUCAGAUUUCUGCUUUCAUUCGUGCCAUUGGGGGCCUAAACCUUAACCCUAAACCACAAUUCUAUUAUAUUCCCUUGAAAAUACAGUAAUUUAUCUUUAGCCUACUCAUUCCACGUGUUUUUAGAAUUACAUUUUAUAUUGAGCUUGCAAAAUAAGCAUUUGCCUUUAGACGUCAGUCUCGCUAAGUUGGUUUUACUCAACCGUCUCAACUUAACCACCUCUCUUAAGAUUUCCUUUUAAAGCUACCAAGAGUCUCUAUUCAUAUCUGCUGGGCCUUGUCUGUAGAAUGUAUUAGCUGAGAACGAAGAGGAAAUAUCUUAGUCUGAGAGUUUGAUAGACCAGGCUUUAUACUGUAUAGUUAAAGGCCCGAAAUCCCACUUAAAAAAAUUAAAAUAAAAACUCAGGAAUGUCAGAACCAAUGAUUAUUUUCACCCUAACAAUGGAAGUGAGUGUGACAGAACAGACUACACUUGGGAAAGAAGAGCUACAUUUAGCCGUAGUGUAGCCAGCUGUGACUAGGCGUAAGGGUCUAAAGAUUCAGGUGGAAGAAAAGACUGAUACACUGAGGAAGAACUCAGACAAGUGUUUUGAAUUAAGGAUGAAAAGGGGUGAAGGAGCAGAUGGAGGGGUAGUAGUUUGAGGCUGAGGUGUCACCAUGAUAACCAUUAAAAAAUAUUUAAAAAACGCCUUUGCAUUUCAGUGAGGUCUUAUCUUCAGUUCCUUCUAUAUUAUUUUGUUCUUUCAUAUCAUAUUAUACACCUUGUUUUUCUAGGAUUGCUUUGUAAUAAUUUGUACAGUUUUGCAUGUUAUAGAUGUAAUCAUUUUAUUUGUUUUUGGAUUUGUUUUUAAUUUUGACUUGCUCAUUUUAUUUGAACGGUUUUGGGGAGUUUUAUUGAGGAUACCCACUACAGGUGAUGUAGAUUCUUUUUGCACAGAAAUAUUUAAGGUGUAAGGUCAAACAAAUAAUGUAUGGAAACUGGCCACCACACUUGUGGAGAACUCAUUAUAUUAACCUGACUCCAAUGUAUUUCAAUAAAGCGGAGGGCUGUUACAAAUACGGCUUCACUGAG